AUGAGUGAAACUAGCGAUGAUGAUGGUAUCGAACAGCUACCUCCAACGUACCGUUUCGAGAGGAGUCACUUACGCAAUUGCACCAAGCAAAGAUUUCUUCUCAUACGAUCGUUUUCAAAGUGCUUACGACUAGCCAUGGACGAACCUCCUCUAGACAUUCGAGGAUGGCGGAAUCCAUAUCUGAACAAAGAAGAGCCGGAAGUUCUCGAGGAAAACCUACCUACUCGGGAUCCGCAUAAGCUUUUUGACGUUUGGUUCAAGAAAAUAGCAGAAAUCAAAUCCACAACAUUUGAAGAGCUGAACACAUGUUGUUUCUCCACAGUGGGAAAGGACAUGAGACCAUCGUCUAGAAUCGUUCUGCUUAAGGCAUAUUCAGCAGAAGGUUUCUCUUUUUUCACGAACUACAACAGCAGAAAGGGGAAGCAGUUAGAGGAAAAUCCCUACGCUUGUAUGCUAUUCUACUGGGCAAAUCGACAUAGGCAGAUCCGCAUAGAAGGUAAAGUGGAGAAAUUAUCACAAGAAGCAGCUGUCGAAUACUGGAACUCUCGUCCGUUGUCUAGUCGAAUCGGUUCAAAAAGCAGCGAGCAGAGUACUGUAAUUCCAAGUAGGCAGUUCCUCAUUGACAAGCGAAAAGCUCUACAGGAAUUAGCGGAGAAGGAAGGUGAAGCAGCCAUUACAAAGCCAGAAUCAUGGGGUGGAUACAUCCUGAUCCCUGACUAUUUCGAAUUCUGGCAAGGCCAAAGCGACAGGGUUCAUGACCGUUUAGAAUUCCGAAAAACAGGCGACAAAUGGGUGAUGCAGAGGCUUUCUCCGUAA